GAAGUGCCGAUUCCUGGCUUUUGCAGCGUCGUGGUCGGUGGUCAGCGGUGCUCUCGUCCCAGGGCCAGCGAGCCUUUCCCUCGGUCGUGCUGCUCUCCCGCCGCCGCCGCUGCCUCCUGCGCUGCGGGAUCAUGGUGUGCUUCCGUUUCUCUACGGUUCCGGGCUCGGGGCUCGUUCUGCUCUGCCUCAUCUUGGGGGCUGUCCGGUCUUAUCCACUGGAACUUAAUUUGACAGAUUCAGAAAAAAACAUUUGCCUUUAUGCGAAAUGGCAGAUGAACUUCACAAUAGUCUAUGAAACUACAAACAAUACUACUAAAACUGUAUCCAUUUCGGAUCUUCGCCCUGUGACAUAUGAUGGAAGCAUUUGUGGGAACGACCAGAAUGGUACCAAAAUAGCAGUGCAGUUUAGAUCUGGUUUUUCUUGGACUGUCAGUUUUACCAAAGAGGCUUCUACUUACUCAAUUGGUAGCAUCUUAUUUUCCUACAACAUGAGUGAUAGCACAACAUUUCCUGAUGCGAAAGAGAAAGGAAUUGUUACUGUUAAUGACUCUGUGGCAAUCAAAAUUCCAUUAGAUGAUAUUUUCAGAUGCAACAGUUUAUCGGUUUUAAAAGAGAAUAAUGUUCUCCAAUACUUUUGGGAUGUUCAUAUACAACCUUUUGUCCAAAAUGGCACAGUGAGCACAAAAGAGUUUGUAUGUGAUGAAGACAAAACUCCAACAACACUGGCACCCAUCAUUCAUACCACUGCGCCAUCUCCUACUACAACACCCGCUGCAAAGGAAAAACCAGAGGUCGGGAACUACUCGGUUAAUAACGGCAAUGGUACUUGUCUGCUGGCUAGCAUGGGGCUGCAGCUGAACAUCACUCAGGAUAAGGUUGCUUCGGUUAUCAACAUCAACCCCAAUACAACUGACUUCACUGGCAACUGCCACACUGAAACCGCACUACUGAGGCUGAAUAGUAGCACCAUUAGAUAUCUUGACUUUGUCUUUGCUGUGAAAAAUGAAAACCGAUUCUAUCUGAAGGAAGUGAACAUCAGCAUGCGUUUGGUUAAUGGCUCAGUUUUCAGUAUUGCAAACAAUAAUCUUAGCUACUGGGAUGCCCCCCUGGGAAGUUCUUACAUGUGCAACAAAGAGCAGACGGUUUCAGUGUCUGGAACAUUUCAGAUAAACACUUUCGAUCUAAGGGUUCAGCCUUUCAGUGUGAAAGAAGGAAAGUAUUCUACAGCCCAGGAGUGUUCGCUGGAUGAUGACACCAUUCUAAUACCAAUUAUAGUUGGUGCUGGUCUUUCAGGCUUGAUUAUCGUUAUAGUGAUUGCUUACCUAAUUGGCAGAAGAAAAAGUUAUGCUGGAUAUCAGACUCUGUAACACUAAUCUCUGUGUGGUCUCUGUUACAAAAUAAUAAAGCAAGUAUAAGUUCCAACAAGCAAUACUGUCCCACUUAAGGUAUAUUUAGUUGCAGUCCUGCUCUUAGAAUGGGUAGUAUGGGGGAUUUUGAGCCUAAACAGAAACACCCCCCAAAAAAACUAUCAAUAUAAACUGUAGAUUAGUCACAUGCUUUUGGUUUGCCAACCAAGAAAUUUAAAACUCUUAUUUCCAUAGCAAAAGACUUGUGCAAAAUCACCUGGAUUAUAAAUUCUAUUUUACUGUCUUGAAUUACUAUUGUACUUCAAUAUUUUCCCUUCACAUAUUCUGAUAAAUAUACAGUCUAGGGGAAAAAAAAAACAUUUUUAAAGAGAGAUUUUUUUUUUUUUCUUGCAUGUAGUCAAGCUGGGACGACACAUUCUGCAAUGGGUUUUGUACUUGCUCCUUUUGCGUUUUUGCAACUUUAUUUGCAGGUUAACUUAGCUACUUUGGCUGCAUAUUUGACCUAUGAGAGAUACGCUAGUAGAUUUGAACAGGACCUCCAUAGUGUUAUGUUCUUAGCAGUGAAUGCUUUUCUAAUACUUUUUGAAUACUUGGCAUUUAAUGGGGUGUAAAGACAAAAGAUAUGAAUGCUUUUUAAAUUUCAGCAUAGGUGUUAAUCUUACUAUUUAAUCCUUUUCAAAACUGGGUAUUUCUGUCUUUUAAAAUUGCAAGAUACAAGGCUAUUCUGACUGGGCAUUUUAAUCCAUUGUUUCAGGUGCUUCCGAGAUAAUUGUUUGGCAGUGCCAAUUGAGGGCAUUAGUCUUUUGUACCCGUAAAUUGGCCUCCACAUGUAGUACUAAAAGUAAAACAGAGUUCUCUUUAGCCUUCCAGUUUUCCUGUUGGUGGUAAUGUGUUUCAUUCUUUUCUUUUUCUUAAAAAAGGAAUGCCAGUAUGUUCUAGAACCCAGAUGAAGAAGUGCACUUACAGUUAGAUAAUAACUCACACCUAACCCAAAAGUCUUGCGCUUCUCUUAGACCAUUCAAACGUUGUUCUUGGUUUCCAACUUGCAUUGAUUGAUCCAACAGUUACUAAUUUGGCUUUCACAUUUAAACAGUUCUAUGUGAAUCAAACCUUACAUUGUUACUGUUCCUUAAGAUAGAAUCAUCAUUCGUUCAUUUGCUUUGUAUUUAGUUUUGUGCUAUGAGAGGUGUACCAGUUGUCCAUUCAUGGUGUACCACCUCAUAUGUACACAAGACAGGGAAACAUUUCAGCUUCAUAGUGAACACAUGAAGUAGUUCUUACUGCUUCUAGGUGGUCUUUUUUUUUCCGUAUUAGAAUGGCUGAAUAAAUAUUUAAAAAUUCCUAAUUUGCAGCCACAUAUGGAAGGUUUCUAUGUCCCUCACCCCCAACCCCUGACUAGGAAUUAUGUGCUUCCCAUUCACUAGACAGUGAAGAAAUACCCAGGCUCCAAAAUACUGAUAUUGAAUGCAUUACUGUACACACACACACACACACGCACGCGCGCACAGUCACACAUAUUUAGGAAGUUGCAUACUAGCAUGUGUAUGUCUAUAACUGUCUUUCAAGUCAUAUUAGAGUGAUAAGGAUUUCGUCUCAAUUCAAUUUUCUCUCUGUUCAGUCUAAAACCUUAUUGGCUCAGAAUCAGAUUCCUGACUAACCCCUCUCUUAGAGCUAUGUUGAGCUGUGUUGCCAGCUUGAAAUACUUACUAAGGACUGAAUAUAAACCUGACUUUGAAAAAUUAUUUUUCAUUUAAACUGGGUUUUAGUAUAAGAAUGGAUAAAACUUAAAAGCAUGUGGGUCUUAGAUAUUUCUCAUGCGUCAAAACAAAGCAGCUUUUUAAAAAAUAAUAAAAGUUGAAAGCACAAGUGGGUGACACUGGCUUAAUGCUGUUAAUGUUUCUAAAAGUUUCUACAUUUAGAUGAUAUAUAUACCUGAUUCAUAUUAAAAUACCUCUAAUAAGCACUGUUUUCUAGAAACUCUGACUUCAGUGAAUAUUUCUGUAUUUUACAUGGGCCAGUUUAUAUCCUGCUAUUUAGACUAUGAUUUGCUAUAGCCACAUAUACUUUGUACCUUUGGUAGUUUUGUUUUACCAAGCUUACACCUUGAUGGUAGAUUCUAUUUGGUUUUGGGUGUUUUUCCUGUUUGAGCAUUUGUAUACAGAAACUGGCCCAAGUAAAUACUUUCCGUGUUUUUUCUUCAAAUGUUUAAACCACUAGUUGAUGUAUGGUGUUUCUCUUUAGAUAUUUGCCUGUCUGUUUGCUCAACUUUGCUUCUAAAACAAUAAAGAUUCUUUUAUUUCUUAA